GGACAAGCUGUCACUCCCAAUGAUGCGCCCAUACAGGAAGCUUCUCCCGGCCCUCAAAGCCGUCCGUGCACCUAGCCGGAACUUUACCACAACGUUUGCCAGUUAUGCACGCAAGAAACAAACGGGUGCCGAGCGUCGUGACGAAAAUGAUUUUGUAGCACUCAGUGGGGAUACCGCCGCGGAUGGAUUGCACCGCUACGAACUUGACUUUGUAGAAACUGCGAAGUGGACCAAGGAUCUAUUGUUGAAGAUGAAGAAUGAUGUCGAAAUGCUUAAAGGAAAACACCGACCGUUCACACCACCACCAACAUCCCACAUUGUAACAACUUAUUACGACAGCUACACAUAUGACUUCACACAGCCACCACCCUACUCUACCAAAGUCACCGUUCAGGUCAAAGUUGGUACACUUCCGUUGACCCCUGCCCAACGUCACAAAUUUCUCCUUUUGGCUGGAGACAAGUACGAUCCUUACAGCGAUGUGGUUACAGUGUCUGCGGAGACAAGUGAGGUAGCUGCUACUGGGAACGCAGAGGUGGAUCGCGAGAUGAAUAGGAUUGGGUUGGUGAAGUUGUUGAAUGGAAUGGUGAAUGAGGCAAAGGAUGAGAAAGAUGCUUUCACAGAUGUACCAUUGGAUCUGCGACACGUCAAACCUCGUCGUGCGAAUCUCGAAUUCCCAAAAGAGUGGCUUCGUCCCAAGAAAGCCGGAGCUGCGAAACCAAAGAUGAAUGUCGCCUGAGAUUGUGGUUUCUUUCGCUGUUGUUUAAUUUAUGUAUGCAUGUACAUCGUCUGUUUUUGUUUGCAAUACUAGAGCUCCAUUAGAGUGGCGUAACAAACUUUGGUGAAUCGACGAAACGUUUG